AUGGCAGCCACAAACGGACACAGUGGUCGUCCUCGAGUUCUUUGUCCUGAGAAACUCUCCCAGGAUGGCCUGGCACUUCUUCGCCAAACAUUGAACGUCGAUGAGAAGAAGGGAUUGACGCCGGAGCAGCUUGUCGAGAUAAUUCCGGACUAUGACGCUCUCCUUGUCCGCUCGGAGACAAAAGUCACAGCAGAUCUUCUCAACGCCGCACGGAAACUCAAGGUCGUUGCUCGGGCUGGGGUGGGGGUCGAUAAUGUCGACGUUCCUGCGGCCACGAGAUUGGGCAUUGUCGUUGUCAAUUCGCCUAGUGGGAAUAUUCAAGCUGCUGCAGAGCAUACAAUAGCCUUGCUGAUGAGCAUGGCUCGGAAAGUGCCUGAUGCUUGUGCUAGUGUCAAGGCUGGAAAAUGGGAGAGGAGUCGGCUGGUUGGUGUUGAGGUCAAGGGAAAGACACUUGGAGUGGUUGGUUUGGGCAAAGUUGGCCUCAUUGUAGCACGGAUGGCUCGUGGACUAGGCAUGAACGUUAUUGCCGCUGACCCAUAUGCCUCUGCGUCUGUCGCAGCUGCUGCCAACGUCACCCUCGUCGACUCACUCCCGGCUCUGCUUCCUCAAGUCGACUUUCUCACCAUCCACACCCCAAUGCUAGCUUCGACACGUGGUAUGUUGUCCUCUUCUGAGCUCAGCACCAUGAAACGCGGUGCUCGUAUCCUCAAUGUUGCGCGAGGUGGUAUCAUUGACGAAGUUGCCCUCCUUGCCGCCCUUGAGAGUGGGCAGAUAGCCGGUGCAGCUAUUGAUGUGUUCACCACCGAGCCCCCAGCACCAGACAGCGUGGCUGCGAAGCUUGUUGCACAUCCCGGAUGUAUCGCGACGCCACAUCUCGGGGCAAGCACAGUCGAAGCACAGGAGAACGUGUCCAUCGAUGUAUGCGAACAGGUCUUGCAGAUACUCGCCGGAGAUCUGCCCAGGAGCGCAGUCAAUGCGCCCAUCAUUUUGCCAGCGGAAUACAAGACACUCCAGCCCUUUGUGAGACUUGUUGAGAAAAUGGGGUCACUCUAUACCCAGCAUUUUACGUCCCCCACCCAGCCUGUCGGCCACAAUCUCAAUACCUUUGAUCUGAUCUACGAGGGUGAAAUCGCACAAAUGUCCAGCACGAAGCCGCUCUUCGCAGCACUAAUCAAGGGUCUCACCUCUCCCAUCUCCGACGCUGAAGGUUUCAAUGUGAACAUUGUCAACGCGGAAAUGGUGGCCAAGGAACGGGGAAUCUUUGUUAAUGAACAGAAGAGCCGCGAUCCGAACAUGCUGGCUUACUCGAGUCUUGUCACGAUUGUGGCGAAGAGUCCUUCGCGAGCGCCGAGUCUGAACCGUGCUGGGAGAACAACAUCCCUGGGAGCUAUGGAAGGGCAAGGGCAAGGGUCGAGCAAACAACACGUUAUCGCGGGAUACUGUAGCGACAAUACGCCCUUUAUUUCACGUGUCGAUCGCUUCUCCACGAGUUUCGUGCCUGACGGAACGCUCCUGAUAUGCCAUAACUACGACUCGCCGGGAAAGAUUGGACUCGUGGGAAGCAUUCUGGGCAGGGAGGGCGUGAAUAUUAAUUUCAUGAGCGUCGCCCCGGCCACGUUUGCCAGCAGUGCACAGACGCUGCCAGCUGAAGAAACCAAUGAAGCGCUGAUGAUUCUCGGUGUGGAUAAGGAGGUUGGUGAGCAUGUCAAACAGGAGCUUGUGAGUGCAAAGGGAGUGUUGAACGUUAGCAGCGUGACGUUGUGA